CACACAGCGCUAGUAGUCCUUACUCUUUAGUCGCACAUAAUGUGUCAUAUGUUAUUGACGUAUUUAUACGUCUCAAACACAAAAGUAAUUAAAAACAAGCAUUUUUAACAACAAUUAAUUUCCAGUGCCUUCAAACAAAAUCGAAUUAAGUAUAAACAUUUAUAAUUUCUAUCAAUAAUUUCUUCAAAUUGUCAUCUGUGUUAGUUAUCUGUCAAAAUAAUCUGUAUUAGUUAUCCGCCGGCUUUGAAUUUUGACAGAAUUGUUUUUACAUGCUUUUUAAAUGUUCACAAACCAUAAAUGGAUACGGAAAUAUUAUUGACGAUUCAGGAUUUUAUGAAAAUGGAUAUCCUACCGUUACUUGUGGGACAGGACAGGAAUUUUUCGACGAUCAUUCUGGAUACAUGGCUCGGGGGAGCCUUGACAGUCCUGGCGGAAAAUACUGUCGUGUCAUGUAUUGUGAUAUUUUUCUUCGCUUUAGUUGUGAUCUCAAUUGCAUAUUUAAAUAAGGCUAAACAAAGCGAUAUGCAGCCUAUGUCUGCAAUGAGCAGUAUUAGUUUGCAGAACUCCUCUCUCAGGUUUCGGAAGCGAGACAAAAUGCUGUACUACGGCAGGAGAAUGCUGAGAAAGGUGAAAUCAAUAUCGGGCCAUGCAUAUGGCGGACAGGGUAAAAAACGAAAAAUAGUUAUGAGGUUUGCCCGAAGACUGCUGCAACUUCAAAAAGACUACACUCCAGUUCACCUAAAAGUUCUGGAGCCUCCUGCAGAGUAUCUCGAGGAGGAAAAAAUAUCAGACGCACACGUUCCACCUGAUGCUUUGUACAUGUUGCAAAGUAUUCGAGUUUUUGGACAUUUCGAUAAACCAGUAUUUCUGAGGUUGUGCAAACAUGUUGAAAUUGUAUCGUUGAAGGAGGAUGAGUUUUUGUUCCAAAUAGGUGAUGCUGAUGAAAAUGUCUACGUCGUCCAGAGUGGUCUUUUGAAUGUGACAGUCACCUCACAGGAAUCUGGUAUAUUGUCUUUGAAAUAUGUCAGGCCUGGUGAUUCUGUUACAUCGCUCCUGAGUUUUACCGAUUGGCUUACAGGUCAUCCUAAUCCUUAUAAAACCAUAUCAGCAGUUGCGAUGGAACCAUCUCAAGUUAUAAAAUUGCCAAUGUCUGCUUUUCAAGAUAUUUUCAAAGACAGCCCUGAUAGAUUUGUUCGGGUCAUGCAGGUUAUAAUGGUACGACUUCAAAGAGUCACAUUCACUGCGCUUCAUCAGUAUUUAGGAUUAAGUUCUGAGCUCAUAACAUCUUCAUCAAGUACUGGAGGUAAACGUAAGGUAUCUCAUAUGCCGACAGCUGGUUUCUCUCCUGGUUCUCACAGAUUGACCAGACAAACCACCAGGGAAAGACAGGACUACCAUGAACCUAGUCAAAGCCGGAUAUCAAGAAUUCCAUCAGACUGGCACGAAGGAUAUACUCAUCACAGGUUGUCUAUGUCAGGUCCUGAACACAUGCCAAAUUUAGAUCAACUUCUUAACCCACCGUUAACGCCAACUGAUCAUAUGACAGCAUCACUCGAUGGUACCCAAACAGGCAGCACAACUGUGACCUCGUCACAGCAGGAACACCAUGUCUCGACUGGUGAUGCUGGUACGGGAACUCAGGAUUCGUUGCCUCAUCAACCGUCUUGUGAUGCUGAAGUCAUGAAGGCUGCUGUUGAAGGGAUUGCUAGAGAAUUGGGUCUUAGUGGUGAUAGAAGUCUGCUCGAAGGCAGAGUGGAAGUUAGAGACGUAAGUGCUGGAACUGUGCUGAUGAGGGAAGAAAGUGCAAAGAUUGGAGAGUUUUUGCCACAUGUUAGAUAUCAGCAGCAGGAAAUUGGUCUAAUAUACGUCAUGUCAGGACACCUGACAGCAACCCAAAGACCUCUAUCAUCCCUCGCCCUGGCCAACACUGGUCCUUGUAUGGCCGGAGGUGUGUCCAUGGGUACUCAGAGUGGUGGUUCUGGUGCAGGAACCUCGGGUGCAGCUGGUGCCUCUCCUGGACCUCCUGAAGUUCACAUGUUCAGUGCAUACACUGGUGAGAUGAUUGGAGGAUUGGCGGUGCUCACUGGGGAACCUAGUUUCUUCAAUAUUAAGGCGAAACAUUCGUCGAAGAUUGCUAUUGUUUCUAAGACUACUUGCUAUACCAUUAUGAGAGAACGUCCACACGUAGUACUGCAUAUUUCUCAUAGCGUUGUAAAAAGACUGACUCCAUUCGUAAGACAGGUUGAUUUUGCACUUGACUGGCAAUUUAUCGAAUCUGGAAGGGCUGUGUAUAGACAAGGCGAUGAAAGCGAUUCUACUUAUAUUGUUCUUUCUGGUCGUGUUAGAUCUGUUAUCAAACAUGCUAAUGGUAAAAAGGAACUUGUUGGUGAAUAUGGUAAAGGAGAUAUGGUUGGAAUUGUUGAGAUGGUCAGCGGUCAACCAAGAGGCACAACCGUAAUGGCAAUUCGAGAUUCAGAAUUGGCAAAACUUCCAGAAGGAUUAUUCAAUGCUAUCAAACUGAAAUAUCCAAUUGUCGUAUCAAGACUUAUUAGUUUACUCGGACAGAAAAUUAUGGGAACUUGGCAAAAUCCACAAAUCCAUAGGCCUUUGACUACGGGAGGAGAACGCACAUUGAGACAACAGAAUUUUUCUACAGUAGCCUUAGUUCCAGUUUCCGAUGAUGUACCUCUGACUGCCUUUGCUUACGAGUUGUAUCACUCGUUAUGUGCAAUUGGACCAACCCUAAGACUGACCUCAGAAGUAAUGCGCAAGACUCUAGGAGCAGGCAUAAUGGAUGCCAAUAGUGAAUAUCGCCUGUCAGGCUGGUUAGCGCAGCAGGAAGACCAACACAGAAUGUCUCUGUAUCAAUGUGAUAAUGGACUCACACCCUGGACACAAAGAUGUGUCCGACAGGCUGAUAUCGUGCUGAUUAUUGGUUUAGGCGAAAGAGCUCCAAGUGUUGGAAAGAUUGAGAAAGAGAUUGAACGUUUGGCAAUGAGAACACAAAAGGAACUGGUGUUGCUCCAUCGGGAAGUCUUAGGUGCACCUUGCAGACCCCAGAACACAGUUGCGUGGUUGAAUAUGAGAAACUGGGUUUCUUCACAUCAUCACAUACAAUGUCCAAAGAGGAUGUUUACUAGGAAAAGCCAAUAUAGAAUAAAUGAGUUGUACUCGAAAGUUUUGAUGUCAGAACCAAAUCUCCAUUCUGAUUUCUCAAGAUUAGCACGUUGGCUCACCGGAACUUCAGUUGGUCUGGUUCUCGGUGGAGGUGGAGCCAGAGGUGCUGCUCAUGUUGGAAUGGUCAGAGCUAUACAGGAGGCUGGUAUACCAAUUGAUAUGGUAGGAGGAGUAAGCAUAGGAUCUUUCAUCGGAGCACUGUGGUGCUCUGAGAAAAAUAUUACGACUGUGACCCAAAAAGCUAGAGAAUGGGCUAGGAAAACUAACCAAUGGUGGAGAACCUUACUAGAUCUCACGUACCCCAUAACAUCAAUGUUUUCCGGAAGGGAUUUCAAUCAGACAAUUCGAGGUACAUUUGGGGAUACUCAUAUCGAAGACUUGUGGUUACCAUUCUUCACACUGACCACGGAUUUAACAGACAGUUGUAUGAGGGUGCAUAGACACGGUUCGCUGUGGCGCUACGUCCGCGCAUCGAUGAGCCUGAGCGGCUACAUGCCGCCCCUUUGCGAUCCCGCCGACGGACAUCUGCUCAUGGACGGAGGAUACGUCAACAAUUUACCAGCUGAUGUGAUGAGAGCUCAAGGAGCUCACAGCAUUUUAGCCAUCGAUGUCGGUUCUCAAGACGACACCGACUUGACCGAUUAUGGUGACAACUUAUCAGGCUGGUGGCUUUUGUGGAAACGAUGGAACCCCUUCACGGAACCCGUUAAGGUUCCCAAUCUUCCCGACAUACAGUCCAGAUUGGCUUACGUUUCGUGCGUGCGCCAAUUAGAGGAGGUGAAAGCUAGUGACUACUGUGAAUACCUAAGGCCUCCGAUAGAUCGUUACAAGACUUUACAAUUUGGAUCAUUCGAUGAAAUCAAGGAUGUCGGAUACAGGUAUGGAAAGGCUUAUUUUGAAGAUCAACGCAAAAGUGGAGCCUUGCCGAAAUUUAGGAGUGGAGCUGCUAGUAAUAAUAGGACUGCUGAACCAACGCAACCCGAGUUUACAUUUACCGAUUUGGCUCAAAUGAUGUGUCAAGUACCGAGAUCUUUAGACACCUAUUCAGAUUCAUCGAGUUCUGAUGAUGAGUACGAAGAAGAAGGCACCGGAUACAGAUCAGAACCAUCAGGAAGGAGCUAUCAUAGUACAUCGAGUACAAGAAGGGCUUUGUCUGAAAACGAAUUAGAAGACUCUGAAUCUGAAUAUGCUUAAUAAUUAUAAAUAAUAAUAAUUAUGAUGAAACUUUUGGACGUAUCCAUAUAGUAUUCGUAUUAUAUUUAAUAUAACCGAUAUA